GUUGGGGUAGUCUUAGUGCAACACUACUCGAUCGAGAGGCUCAGCGGUGGGACGACGUUCCUCAUAAGGACCCCAGGACCCCUUGCCAUUGGUAGGCAGCACCAACACGACGGACGAGGACAACGGCAGUCAGUACGCUCCCUACCACCUUCUCUCAUUGCAAUCGGUCACUGUAAAGCAAUGGUCGCAAGGAGCACCGGCGAGAUCAGACCGCCCAAGUUACCUCCCGCACUCGAGACGACGAGCCUGCUGGAUGGAGGAGCGGAAGAGGAGGAUGAGGUUGACCAGACGGGACCCGACCCGGAGGUUUCUGCUGUUGAGGAACGUGCGGAUGAGGAAAGGCUUUAUGGCAAGGAAGGAUGGGGACGUGAGAAAGACAUCUCCGCCGGAACUCGGUUAGGUGCGAUCUUCAUGCUCCUCUUCACACCCACGCUUUCCUUCUACUUCCUGGCCUCCUGUACCAACUAUCAAUGCUCGCUUUCGGCCCCUAUCUGGGAUAUCUUCCACUCUGCUCACCCGAUGCAAACUUGGUUGAGUUGGUUCCCGACGCCGACGUGGAGAGCGAGUAUCGGAUACGCGCUUUGGGUCAUCACACAGGGUAUCCUGUAUGUGAUUGUACCGGGCAAGAUCGGAUACGGUCAGCGUACGCCUGCGGGAUACUUGUUGCCGUAUAGGGUUAACGGGUUGAAUGUCUACAUCCUCACUCACGUCGCUUUCGCCGUUUCGGUCUACUACGGUAUCAUCUCCGCUGGCAUUAUCGCGCACCACUGGCAAGGUCUAUUCGUGGCCGCCAACGUUUACGGAUACCUCCUCACUAUCUUCGCCUACGUCAAAGCGCGCUAUUGGCCUUCUCACCCCGAGGACAGGAAGUGGUCUGGAAGUAUCUGGUAUGAUUUGAUGAUGGGUGUUGAGUUCAACCCCCGUAUCGGCAAGUUGUGGGACUUCAAGUUGUUCCACAAUGGAAGACCUGGUAUCAUCGCGUGGACCCUCAUUGACAUCUCCUUCGCUGGAGCGCAGUAUGAGAAGCUCGGUUACGUUACCAACUCUAUGUGGUUGGUUAUCUUCUUGCAUGGAUUGUACGUUGUCGACUUUUUCUACAACGAGGAUUGGUACUUGAGGACCAUCGACAUUGCGCACGACCACUUCGGGUAUUACCUCGCUUGGGGAGACACCGUUUGGUUGCCCUUCAUGUACACCUUGCAGGCGCAGUACCUCUUCUACAACCCUAUCGACUUGGAGUGGUACGCCGCGGUCGCGGUCUUCAGCCUCGGUGUCGGCGGCUACUGGAUCUUCCGCACUGCGAACCACCAGAAGGAUCUCGUCCGCAGCACGGACGGAAAAUGUACCAUUUGGGGCAAGCCCGCACAGGUGAUCAGAACCGUCUACGUCACCUCCGACGGCGCCGUCCACAAAUCCCUCCUCCUCGUCUCUGGCUUUUGGGGUUGGAGUCACCAAUUCAACUACGUUGGUGACCUCCUUCUCUCGUUCGCGAUGUGUGCUGCGUGUGGCUUGCAUCACCUUUUGCCGUACUUUUACAUCAUUUAUAUGUUUAUUCUGUUGAAUCAUCGGAUUUGGAGGAGUGAGAAGAGGUGUCGGGCGAAGUAUGGGAAGUAUUGGGAGGAGUAUUGUGAGAGGGUGCCGUACAAGUUGAUUCCGGGUGUGUAUUAGGUGGAUAGCGGAGGACGGAGACAUCGAGUGUCAGGAAGGAUGAAGAAGGAAGAGGAGCGUGUAUGGUAUGAAGAUACCCCGUUACGAUGGACGUGUUGUGGACGCAAGGAUAGGCGGGCCCGGGGCUUGGGUCUUCUUUUAUCGUUUUGAUUGGCUUUUACUUUGAGUACUGUUACUUCUAUCAAGGACAAGACCCGCUGAGCGGGCGAAUGAAUUGAC